CACAUUCGUUUAACAACAUCAUUUUCUCCUAGGAAACAGUUCGUUUGCCUUGACACAUACUCCGAGUAACUCCCGAAAACAAAAUACAAAAACAUCCGCGGAACCGCCGAUCAAGAAACCCGCUAAUCCUUCUCAGGAUUCUUUCAGUGCGUUUCGUCGAGUUGCGGUCGAGGUUUCCAGUUCAGAGGUUGCAUUGAAAAUUAAAUAUUUUCUAUUUUGUUUUCCCUGCUCGACCACCAACGCAAUCGAAUCUAAUCGCAAGGAGCAUUCAGCAUCCAGAGCAACUGAGCAAAAACGUGACCAGAGAUCUGGUCCGGACUAUCCCCGUUUUGCCAAGCAGGCGUGUCGUUUGCUGUCGGUUGUGAUGCAUACAAAUGCCUAUCUGAGCUGCCGUCUCCCCGAUUAGUCACUUUUUUUGUACGUUUGUAAGCUGCCGCCAGUUUUCAGAGCGGCGCCACGGGGAUACCGAAGCGUGUUGUGCACUACGUAUAUUUUUUAUAUCAUCAUUGCGGAACACAAAGCUCUCGACUAUUUUCUAACUGAGGACCUGAAUCAAAGGACUCUCCUUCAGACGCAGUACAAUCUCCGACUGGCCGUCGAUAGCGAAACGCGGCGGUCGAUUUGAGGCAACCAAGCUGAUUAGUGUGAACAUGUCCGCGGCUCGAGUGACUAUGAUGCGAAAAGGCCACUCCGGGGAGCUAGCACGGAAGGCCAACACGGUGGUAGUGUCGGUUCCACCCCUGGUGAAGAAGUCCAGCAAGAGCCGCUCGUUCCACUUCCGCUAUCUGGAGCUGUGCCGGGCCAAGAACCUGACGCCGGUGCCGGACAUCCGCAGCAAGUCGAAUGCGACCACCACCUUUCUGGAGCUGUGCGGCGAUAAGCUGGCGGUCAGCGAUUGGCAGCUCCUGACCGAGGCACUCCACUAUGACCUCGUGCUCCAGCAUCUGGUGGUGCGCCUGCGUCGCACAUAUCCACAAACCAACAUUGACCCCAUUGACACAGAGAAACGUGCCCGUCUGUUUCGGCAGCGACCAGUGAUCUACACCCGAUUUAUAUUCAACAGUUUGGUCCAGGCGAUUGCCAACUGUGUUUCGAGCAACAAAAAUCUAAGUGUGUUGAAGCUGGAGGGAUUGCCAUUGCAGGAUGGCUACAUCGAGACCAUUGCCAAGGCACUGGCCGACAACGAAUGCCUCGAAACAGUGAGUUUUCGUAAAUCCAACAUUGGUGAUAAGGGCUGCGAGGUCGUAUGCAACACCGCCAAAUACCUGAAUCGCAUCGAAAUGUUUGACGUCUCUGAAUGCGGACUCACUGCCAAGGGAGCCGAGCACGUGGCCGACAUGCUCAAGAUGCAAAAGAUCACCCGAUUCACGGAGGGCUGGGAGAAGUCUCUCCGCUACCGCAGCGUGGAUAUGAACACGAUUGGCGGACUGCGCACGGUUCUAUUGGCUGACAAUCCGGCGAUUGGCGACGAGGGCAUCCGAUGGAUCACCGAGGUGCUGAAGGAGGAUGCGUGGAUAAAGAAAAUCGACAUGGAGGGCUGCGGCCUGACGGACAUCGGAGCCAAUCUGAUUCUCGAUUGCCUGGAGCUGAACACGGCCAUCACGGAUUUCAGUGUGCGAAACAACGAAGGAAUCAGUAAGUUCCUGCAGCGGAGUAUCCGUGAUCGCCUGGGCUCUUCACCAGAGGAGAAACAGGAGCCGGAAUAUGACCUUAGCUGCGUCAACGGGCUGCAGAGCCUGCCGAAGAACAAGAAGGUCACCGUCUCCCAACUGCUGUCCCACACCAAAGCCUUGGAGGAGCAGCUCUCCUUCGAGCGAACGUUGCGCAAGAAGGCCGAGAAGCUGAACGAGAAGCUUAGCCACCAACUCAUGAGAUCCGACUCCAACCACAUGGUUCAAGAGAAGGUCAUGGAGGGGGGAUCACAAACGAACACUUCCAGGGAAUAUGUGGCGCGGAAUGAGGUCAUGCCAGAAGUCAUCAAGAAUUCCCAGAGUUACCGACAGUCGCACUUCAACCGGCUGGUCAACAGUGCGGUCACCAGUCCAGAAGUCACACCCCGCAGCGAGAUGGCCACACUGCGCAAGGAGCAGCAGCUGCUCCGGCAAGCCUCCCCCAUGCAGAUCAAGCAUCCUUCUUUGGAGCAGCAGCUGAGAAAUCUGCGCGAGGUGCAGGAAGAGGUAGAGGUGGAGGAUGAGGAGGAGGAUGAGCAGCAACCGGAGCAAAGUCAAUCCGAUUCGGAGCCGCAGAACGAGGAGCAGCUGCACUACGAACAGCAGAUGCAGGUUCAACGCAAACAGCUCCAGGUGCGCAAGGUUCGCAGUGAGAUAAAGUAUGCGGAAAACAAUCCCAAGGAGGCAGCCAACAAGAAUCGCGAGUCCAAGUCGGAUCACGAGUUUGCCAACGAGAGAGAUUUCAAACUUAAUCCCUCUGUGCAAUUUGAGACGGACAUUGGCGACCAUGUGAUGGUGAAUCCUGGCCAGCGAUACGAGGGCGGAGGUGAUACGGGCUAUGGCUACAACUACGAGCAUGAGCAGCCAGUCAAGCGAGGCUACGAGAAAGGCUAUGUGGUGGGCGUGGGUGACGGAUCCCAUAGGAGGCAGAGACCGUCUCACCUGGUCGAGGCUUUGGUCCAAAAACGUGGCGCAGGCGUUGGUGAUGGACAUGUGGCGCAGUUCGUCAGCAAACUGGAGCGUCAAGCGAACGCUGGUAAAACGGGGAAAAAGCGCCUUAAACCUCGGCCUGAAGACGAUCUUCAGGUUCCAGUCGGCGACAUGAACAUGGAGUCGUAUAUGUCCCGCUACGAAGAAUUCUCCUCAACGGACGUUACGCUGGAGAACUCCGACUACGAGACGGAGGCCACGGAAUCCACGUUACGCAGUAACUCGAAAUACUCCUCCAUGCAUGUGUUUGUGCGGCGCAAGCAAUCGGAAUCCAUGUCGCUGACAGAAGAGGCUGGUGACGGAGAUGCCGGCGGCGGUGGAGUGCCGGGCGAUAGCGGCGACGAAAAGGUCAUAUCCCCGGGAGAAGUCUACAGGUCCCUGCAGCUCCAGAAGCAGCGGGAACAGAGCGCCUAGGGGCCGCAACUUUAGGUUCUUCCAUUCAAAAUCCAAGCAGCCAUUCGCAGCCGGAGCAGCGACACCUCUGCUGGCUCCUCCGCCGAGCAGUACAAGCCAAGCAACACCACCACCACAAAGCAGCCAACUCGAUUCGAUGGAAUCCACACUGGGAGAGCUAAAUUUGCAGUCGUACUCCCGGGCAGUACCAGUUCAAAAAGGAACCUUCUCCUCUUUGCACGUCCUGCCCUCUGCGAAUUCAAGCUGCACCAAAAAUGUACAAA